UACGUCGCUCGCGUGAUCAUCAGUGCUACAUACUGCGCCUGCGCACGGAUUGAGGCCUUUUCCCCCCGCGGAGCGCUGCUGGGCCUGCUGGUCUGUGGCGAGCCGCGGACGCCGGUCUCUGUUCCGCAGGAUGGGGUUUGUUAAAGUUGUCAAGAAUAAGGCUUACUUCAAGAGAUACCAAGUGAAAUUUAGAAGAAGACGAGAGGGUAAAACUGAUUACUAUGCCCGGAAACGCUUGGUAAUUCAGGAUAAAAAUAAGUACAACACACCUAAAUACAGGAUGAUAGUUCGCGUAACCAACAGAGAUAUCAUUUGUCAGAUUGCUUAUGCCCGUAUAGAAGGAGACAUGAUAGUUUGUGCAGCGUAUGCUCAUGAACUCCCAAAGUAUGGUGUGAAGGUUGGCCUGACAAAUUAUGCUGCAGCAUAUUGUACUGGCCUGCUGCUGGCCCGCAGGCUUCUCAAUAGGUUUGGCAUGGAUAAGAUCUAUGAAGGCCAAGUAGAAGUGACUGGAGAUGAAUACAAUGUGGAAAGCAUUGAUGGUCAACCUGGUGCCUUCACCUGCUAUUUGGAUGCAGGUCUUGCCAGAACUACUACUGGAAAUAAAGUUUUUGGGGCCCUCAAGGGAGCUGUGGAUGGAGGCUUGUCUAUUCCUCACAGUACCAAACGAUUCCCUGGUUAUGAUUCAGAAAGCAAGGAAUUCAAUGCAGAAGUACAUCGGAAGCACAUCAUGGGUCAAAAUGUUGCAGAUUAUAUGCGUUACCUAAUGGAAGAAGAUGAAGAUGCUUACAAAAAACAGUUCUCUCAAUACAUAAAGAACAACGUUACUCCAGACAUGAUGGAGGAGAUGUAUAAGAAAGCUCAUGCUGCUAUUCGAGAGAAUCCAGUCUAUGAGAAGAAGCCUAAGAAAGAAGUCAAAAAGAAGAGGUGGAACCGUCCGAAAAUGUCUCUUGCCCAGAAGAAAGAUCGGGUAGCUCAGAAGAAGGCAAGCUUCCUUAGAGCUCAGGAGCGGGCUGCUGAGAGCUAAUAAACCAAACCACAAUUUUCUAUGAAGAUUUUUCAGAUAAAGACAAUAAUAAACUUAUUCACCAAGCAGCA